AUGUCGUCUCAAUACAACUGUAUGAAGUGCCAGACCGACAGUCACAGUUACCUGUACUGCCCUGAAGUGACAUGUACCGAGUGCCACACUCAAGGUCACCGCCACUAUGUCUGUCCAAAGAUAAGCAGUGAAGAUGAGCAGAAGACUUCCCAGGGCCCAUGUUACAACUGUCAAGUUGUGGAUCAUUUAGCUGCAGAUUGCCCAGAACCCAGUCGAAAGAAGACUCCCCAGGGCCCAUGUUACAACUGUCAAGUUGUGGAUCAUUUAGCUGCAGAUUGCCCAGAACCCAGUCGAAAGAAGACUCCCCAGGGCCCAUGUUACAACUGUCAAGUUGUGGAUCAUUUAGCUGCAGAUUGCCCAGAACCCAGUCGAAAGAAGACUCCCCAGGGCCCAUGUUACAAUUGCCAAGUCGUGGGCCAUUUCGCUGCAGAUUGCCCAGAACCCAGUCGAAAGAAGACUUCAGCAGCGCCGUCCAUGUCGACAUCAGUGACACAAGUGACACAAGUGCUUCAUCUCAUAGAAGCCCUGCAUAUAGAGGUCCGUGCCCUAAGAAUCCAUCGCACAACUCCAUGCAGACGUCACACCACGUCUAGGCAAAAGAAAACGGGACAGAAGCCCCUCAAUAAGGCACUCUUCAAAGCGUCGGCGACGUCAUCAGUCCGAGGAAGAGGAGGAAGAAGAAAAAGAAGAUAG